GGCGCGGGAGGCGGCGGCGGCGGGUCCCGUCGGCCUCCGGCAGGACUGACCGCUCAGAGGCCGGAAGGCAGGCGCGAGGCCGGAGGUUGUUUAAUGAAAAGUGCCAUAGACUGAAAAACGAAACAUGAGGGUAGCAGGUGCUGCGAAGUUGGUGGUAGCUGUGGCAGUAUUUUUACUGACAUUUUAUGUUAUUUCUCAAGUAUUUGAAAUAAAAAUGGAUGCAAGUUUAGGAAAUCUAUUUGCAAGGUCAGCAUUGGACACAGCUGCACGUUCUACAAAACCUCCCAGAUAUAAAUGUGGAAUCUCAAAAGCUUGCCCUGAGAAGCAUUUUGCUUUUAAAAUGGCAAGCGGAGCGGCCAAUGUGGUGGGACCCAAAAUCUGUCUGGAAGACAAUGUUUUAAUGAGCGGUGUUAAGAAUAAUGUUGGAAGAGGGAUCAAUGUUGCCCUGGUAAAUGGGAAAACAGGAGAAGUAUUAGACACCAAAUAUUUUGACAUGUGGGGAGGAGAUGUGGCCCCAUUUAUUGAGUUUCUGAAGUCCAUACAAGACGGAACAAUAGUCUUAAUGGGAACUUACGAUGAUGGAGCAACCAAACUCAAUGAUGAAGCACGGCGGCUCAUUGCUGAAUUGGGAAGUACAUCUAUUACUAAUCUUGGUUUUAGAGACAACUGGGUCUUCUGUGGUGGGAAAGGCAUCAAGACCAAAAGCCCCUUUGAACAGCACAUAAAGAACAAUAAGGACACAAACAAAUAUGAAGGGUGGCCCGAAGUUGUCGAGAUGGAAGGCUGCAUCCCCCAGAAACAAGACUAAUGCAGAGGAAACUGAAGGAAACGCACUUUGCCGGUUAAUGGCCGCGCUGUGACCGAGGAGCGAUGUGUAAAUACUGCGGGAGCAUGCAGCCGUCUGGCGUGCGCAUGAGCAUUUAUCUCUUUGGAUAUCGGGAUUAUUUAUUGCUAACGUAAAUAGACGCCUCUGUAAAUAGUCAUCGUAAUGAGCAAAUCACUGAACCAUUUCGAAGCACAUUUCUCUGAUAGUAGUACGGUGUUAGACUGCUACGGUAGUGACAUCUCUUCGUUCUAAAAGCAUACCCAGUGGAUAACUGAACAGAUUAUGAAAAAUAUAUUGGUAUAUAUACUGGUUGCUGUGAAAACCUAUUAUGGAAUAAUAUGGAUUUUAGGGAGGAGACUUUGUUUUCUUGUGUGUGUGUGUGUAUUGUACACACACACACCCAUAUUCAAGUAUAUAUAUGUAUAUAUAUAUGUUGCCUUUUAACGAUAGUAUCUUUUAAAUUCCAAAGAUACUUGGCUAGCUGUGUGUGUAAUGUUACUUUAUAGUCUGAUCUCCAGUGUACCUUCUUUCUUCGUUUCUCUCUUCUCCUCCCAAAAAACCUAGAAAUAAAAUGAUAACGAAAACCUAUAUCAGAUAUGUGAAAAGCACAACAGAAUUUUUUUUUUUCAUGUACACAGUAAAAAAGGAAGUGCGUAAAUGUAGGUGGUAUUCAGGACUGUAGCUUUCUGGGUUUUGUGUUAGCAAGUAUGAAUGACUGGAUCUCACAGAAGCUGCUCAGAGCGAGGCUGGGGAUGGCGGCCCCAUGGAGCCAGGGGCGCGGGCCACCGCCCUUCUGCACCCUAACCAGGGGCUUCAGGACAGCCGCAGCUGUGUUCAGAGCAAUGCUGUCGUGUGUUUCCUUAUGGUUAUCAGCACUGACCAAGUGGUUUGGAAAGAGGCAUGCUUUAAUGUCACCAUUAUUUUGAUGGUAAACCAAGAAAUAUAAUUCUGUAUCUAACUUCAUAAUAGCAAUUUUUGUCUGAAGAUAUAAUGACAUAUUUAGAGAAGUCUUAAUUACUACGUGGACUGAUAACAUUUAAUAUUUAAAAAAUAAUUUUAUUUGAGUCCAGAUACAUAAAAUUUUAUUCACUUGAGAUGUUCACUAAAUGACUCAAGUUUCUUUGUUUUUGUUUUGUUUUUGUGUUAGGGCAUUAAAUACCUAGAGUGUAUAAAGUAUCUUAAACCAGAACAUAAACUAAUCCUCAAACUACUCACAGUAGAAGGCGGCACUUAAAUUUUGAAUUGAAAUUUUAGAUGAUUUGUAUAAAAAAACUAAAGGCAGUAUUUUUGUUUUGCUGUCAACAACUUGGAAGCUAUUCAGCUGUUUCUUAAAUAUUAAUGAACUUUGGGGUACUGGUUCUUCUCUCAAACUGAAUGUAAUUCAAGAAUAAAUGCACCUUACACAUUUAAAGAAUUUUUGUAAACUUUUCAGAUCUCUGGUGCUUAUAUGCUAAGUCACAUUCAGCAUGUGUAUUUUGACAUUUAAAAUGCUUCCCUAGAUUCUGUAAAUUAAAAGAAUAGCUAUUUUCCAGAUCCAGGUAUGGUGAAAUAAAUGUUUUUUGCAUUUUUUUUUUAAAUAAUGAAAAUGCUCUCGGUUUUUGCAUUGUGAAUUGUUCUGUAUUGUGUGUCACAGUAAUAGGCUUCCGGAACUUCCCAUUAAUGUUGGUCACGCAUUUAUCAUACUGUUUCACGUGGAAACUGAAGACAGUCCUGGGGCUACACACACUAAUAUCCUCAGGUUCUAUCUUGAUAUCUGUAAACUUUAAGUAUCCAGAUGGCAAGACAUCCCUUUUAAGGUAAAAACUAGAAAACGAUAGAUUUGCAAAGCUGUACUGACGGUCAGAAGGAGGGACCGAGACGGACUCUGGCGGCUCUGGUGCAGUUUGCUUUUGUUUCAGUUCUUUCUUGUACAGGUUGUGCCAACUUUGGAAGCAAUAAUUUUACUACAUUUCAUGUUCAGAUAUCUUUUAAAAGUCCACAUUAUAAAUGAAACAAUGUUCCUUUCAUGUUAAGAAAUUUCUUUAUUAAAAUCAGAAAUUUGGCAUUGACAUUUUGGUGUACUAACUGGCAUAUAAGGACUUUUGGAUGGAUAUUUUUUAUUUAUAAUCACACUUUUUUUCCUGGAACAAGUGUAUCAGUAUGCCUAUUAAAAUUAAGCUAAGACAGUAGGAAAAUAAGUGAUAUUUGGGAAAUUAAAGAGAAAUUGAGCCAGAGUCUUUAUAUUCCUGACUUUAAUUUGAUUAAAGUAAAAUUUAUCACG